AUGCUUCAUUCAUUGAGGCCAGCAGCCUCGAUGGCUCUGCGUGCCAAGCCCGCGGCUUCCUCGCUCGUCCGGAUCGCGCCUCGCGCCAUUGCCGCUGCUCCCAUCUCGACAUCUUCCCGCAAGGAUGCCGCUAGCGCUCUCACGCCCCAGGGGACCAGCGUCCUGCCGCGCAGGGAAGUGCCUCUCCCCAGCCAGGAGGGUACCAAGAGCGUGGUUCAAUAUGCUCUCACCACCCUCGACGUGAUAGUAAACUGGGCCCGCCAGUCCUCGCUCUGGCCCAUGACCUUCGGCCUCGCCUGCUGCGCCGUGGAGAUGAUGCACCUCUCGACCCCGCGCUACGACCAGGACCGCCUGGGCAUCAUCUUCCGCGCCUCGCCGCGCCAGUCGGACGUGAUGAUCGUGGCCGGCACCCUCACCAACAAGAUGGCCCCCGCCCUGCGCCAGGUGUACGACCAGAUGCCCGAGCCCCGCUGGGUCAUCUCCAUGGGCUCCUGCGCCAACGGCGGCGGCUACUACCACUACAGCUACUCCGUCGUCCGCGGCUGCGACCGCAUCGUCCCCGUCGACGUCUACGUCCCCGGCUGCCCGCCGACCUCCGAGGCCCUCAUGUACGGCAUUUUCCAGCUGCAGAGGAAGAUGCGGAAUACCAAGAUCACCCGCAUGUGGUACCGCAAGUAA